AUGGAGUACAAACUAAUAACAGAAGAUCGUUACGACGAUGUCAUACGACAUUUAAGGGAUAAUUUCUUUGCCGACGAGCCAUUGAAUAAAGCAGCUGGUCUCUGUCGACGUGGCUAUGGUCAUCGUGAUUUGGAACAUCACAGCUUGGAAACAUUGGAGGAUAAUUUAAGUUUAAUGGCUGUCACAGAUAACAAUGAGAUUGCUGGGGUCAUAUUAAAUGGUAUUUUACAUCCGGGAGAUAUUGAGACAUCACAAAAGAAAUUGGAAUUGAACGAUGAUGAAAAGUUUAAGAAAAUAUUUCGACUUUUGUACACAAUAAACCUAAAAGAUGAUAUCUUUCAAAAAUUCAAUGUAGAUAAGGCAUUUGAUGUUCGCAUACUAUCAGUGGAUAGCCAAUAUCGGGGACAGGGUAUAGCCAAGCAUUUGGUGAGACACAGUCAAGACAUAGCCAAAGAAUGUGGAUUUAAGCUAAUGAAAGCUGAUGCCACCGGAAUUUUCUCCCAAAAAAUAUUAAAAUCAAAUGGUUUUGAGGUACUAUUGGAACAAUAUUACAAUAAAUAUGUUGAUGAAUUUGGUCAGCCGAUUUUGAAUGUGGAAUCACCACAUAUUAAAUUACAAUUACUUUAUAAACUAUUGGAAUAA